AUGGAUUUUUCGUGGGUAUCGGAUAUCCCAACUAAUCGCAAAUGUUUACCAAAUACCAGUACGAACAACACCAAUAGCAGCAGCUUGAAUCAGAGUGAUGCCGCUUUUGCAACACCAACGUCUCGCACGGCUGGCUCUCGUCUGUCCUACACACCGCCUUCUUCUUCUCAUAGUAACAUGAACGAUACCACCAAUACGUCUGUAGACACUGCUGUUAGACGCUCUCGCGCUGGCACCAUGCCCUCGUCUACUCUCCCUCCCUUUAUGGGCCUUGGCUCUUCAAACCUCUAUAUCGCACAGCAGAGGCCCAAUCACAACAGGACCAAUUCAAUGAAUACAAGCAAUCCAGCAAUGUACUCGCGUUCUGGCAUGUCAAGUCCCCUGGAUGAAAACGCAUCUAAUUCAAUUGCCAGUACUUUGGCUUCAUUAGGCUUGCAUGACGAUCCUCCUAUGGCAGACAGUAACAACAAUGGUCGUGAGUCUAGUACGUCUACAUCUACUACCGCAUUGAAUCAUUCAAACUAUUUUGAACCAGUAACGCGUAACAGAGCGUUCACCGUUUCAUCUAGAAAUACAAUGACGGAUAAUCAUAGACCCCAAGACAUGAUGUCAUUCAGUCCCUUUCCUCAACAACAUCAAAAGAUGCCAACUCGUCCUCGAGCUAUCAGUCUGGGCAUGAUGGACUCGCCGUUGACGCCACCUCCAUUGCAACAGCAACAACUCCCAUUUUUGCCCUUUGAUAUGAACUACCCUCAUCAUCCACCCACAUCGGAUUAUCAAAGCUUGGGUUCCACCAAUUCAAAUUUGACAGAUGAUCAUGGUAACAAUAGUGGUAACACAUCGUUGCCUUUAUUAUAUCACCAAUCUCGUUUGUUUGCUCGUAUGGACUCGCACGAAGAAGAAGAGGGAGACGGCUAUCGCCAUGAUGUGCCUUCUCGUCUGUCUUCGCCUCACAAUGAUAUGGAACCUCCUGCUCAAACUCCCUCUCGUGCCUUGUGGCUGGGCAAUGUCAACCCUUCAUUGAGUGUGCCUGAUUUGCACAAGAUGUUUGCUCGCUAUGGCCACGUUGAAAGCGCUCGUAUUCUGUCAGACAAGGAGUGCGCCUUUGUCAACUUUGAGAAUGUCGAAUCCGCCUUGGCAGCUAAGGAGGAUCUCGUCAAUCGUCUUGAAAGUAAAGUAGCUGGCUCUGUGGUCAAGGUAGGCUUUGGCAAGGCAGAUGUCAGCUUGGCCAUGGCCCUGACGCAAGAAGCUGGCCCCAAUGCUCAAGGUCCUACUCGUGCUUUGUGGGUGGGCAAUAUUCCCGCCAACAUCAAUCCUGCCAUUUUGAGAUCCCUGUUUCAAUCCUUUGGCUCCAUUGAAUCGAUUCGCAUCUUGUCUCAUAAAAACUGCGGGUUUGUCAACUUUGAAAGACAAGAAGACGCUGUUCGUGCUCGCAAGCAGAUGCAAAACAAGGAAAUUCUGGGUCCCGGAACUGGCACCGUGCGUAUUGGGUUUGCAAAGGCGCCCACCAACAGCCCUGACGAGAUCAUUCAAGAUGUGGUUAUUUCUGGCAACACGGUUACUUCCUACGCUACGCCUGCCUACAAGUCAUCUCUGGAAAGCAGCAAAUCCAAGGCUGCCACACCAUCGCCUUCUUCUUCCCUUGCUGCUCAUAAAUCAUCCAAUUUGCCACAAGACGAGUCUGCCGAGAAUGCACCCAACACAAGUCAGUGGGCCACUGUCAUCCUAAUGGCAAGCAUGAUGAUGAACGCACAGAAACAGCAGAAUGGAGCAUCGACCCCUACAUUGUUAUCAGCUCAUCCUUCGCCCUCCAACUCCACAAGCUCAGCGUCUAGCAAUGCUCGUUUAGCAUCUGAGCGCAAGAUGAUUAUGCAGCAAUUGGGCUAUGAGCCUCCAUCCGAUGAAUAUGAGAGAACCGCCAUCAACUACUUUUCUAGUAUUCCAGCAGUUCCUGAAUUCGAUGCGGAUCGUCAUCUUGGUCCCAUGCGAUUGCGUGAAAUCAAGAAAGCCCUAGACAACGGGCAGGGCCUUAAGGAUGUUGACUCCAUUGCUUAUGAAUGCAUGAGUGAGAUUGUAGAGCUUUGUAGUGACUACAUUGGCAACACUGUGGUUCAAAAGCUGUUUGAGCACUGUGGCAACGAUACCAAGCUUGUCAUGGUGGAGAAAAUCGCUCCCUAUUUGGCCUCCAUUGGUAUACAUAAAAACGGCACCUGGGCAGCACAAAAGAUCAUUGACACGGCAUCCACUGACCAGCAGAUUCAACUCAUUUGCACAAAUAUUGCACCCUAUGUCCCAUUGCUACUGCUAGAUCAAUUUGGCAACUAUGUAGUUCAGUGCUGUCUUCGUAUGGGACCCCCUCGCAACCAGUAUAUUUUUGAUGCCAUUGUCGAUCAGUGCUGGGAGAUCGGUCAAGGGAGAUUUGGCGCUAGAGCUGUGCGUGCUAUUUUAGAAAAUCCAAUUGUCACCAAAGACCAGCAGAUCUAUGUCGCUGCUGCCAUCAUGCAAAAUGCCUUGCUGCUGACUACAAAUGCGAAUGGCUCCAUCUUGCUCAAUUGGUUACUUGAUACCUCUGGAUUACUUGGGCAUUAUCGUGCCUUGUGUAAUAUCAAUUAG